CAGGUCAGAAACACGGCAGUGUGCGCUGGGGGCUGUGGUGUGUGGUGGAGAAGAGCUGGCUGUGAGAAACAUGUGUUUGAGCGAGUUUUUUCUUAUUUCAGGUUAUUUUAUAAAGUUAUAGCUAUAGAGGAAGCGGGAGUCGGUUCAGCUGUUACCGGUGCGGAGUAGGAGUCGGUUAAGAACAUGGCUUUAAAAAGGCAGAAAAAGAAGAAGCCCAGCUUCCGUAAGCUGCUCAAAACCAGUAAUGUGAAGCUUGAGAACAAGCUGAAGAAUCGUCAGUUCAAGCAGCAAAGCACCGCAAAGAAGCAGCGCAAGGAACAGAGGAAGCUCCGGCAGGCCAUCAGCGAUGUGUCCCAAAAAGCGCCGAAGCCUCUGGAACAUUACAAGACCAAACCAGAAGAUGAGGAGGAUGAGGAGUUCCUGGAGUCACUGCCCACAGACAUGAUGGAGGAGGAUGACCUGGAGGAGAUCAGAGCGAUGGCCCAGAAAGCUUCUUUCAUCACAAGAGAUCUUUCUUCCAGUGCUCCUGUUCAUGCAAAGAAACGCAAGUCAGACCAGCCGCUGGAAAAGUACGAGAAGAUGCCGAGAAAGAUGCAGCAGUCAGACGAGAAGGAGCUGAUUCAUUUACUGCCAAUCAAAGACAAGAGUGGCCUUAUCCCCCAGAGCAUGGAGAAGCCAGUGGUACAGAAAGCAGAUGAGGAUGAGCAUGAUGAAGAACCAGAAGACCAAGAGGAAAUGGAGCAAGAGGAACAAACAGAGAGUCUCCUGAAUUUGAAUCCUGAAGAACAGCUUAAGCUUCGCUCACAGAAACUCAUGGAGAAGAAGCUACGAAUUGCUGCUUUGGGUUCAGCGAUACUGGCAGAUCCAACCUGUAAUAUUAAGAAGCUGAAGGAGCUGAGGGCCAUGCUGAUGGAGACGGACUCCUGUGUGGCGGUCACUGUCAGGAAGCUUGUUAUGGUCUCAUUAAUGGAAAUCUUCAAAGACAUUGUGCCAUCCUACAGGAUUCGACCACUGACUGAAGCUGAAAAGGCUGUUAAGGUCAAAAAAGAAACAAAGCAGCUGAGGGAGUUCGAGGAGGGUCUAGUUAGUCAGUAUAAAUUCUAUUUGGAGAACUUGGAGCAGACGAUCAGAGACUGGAAGCAGAAGAAGCAGAAGGGCAGCCAGGCCGUCUCUCUGAGCUGCUACAAGGGCCUGGCCGAGGUGGCCAUCAGGUGUAUGUGUGAACUCUUGGUGGCGCUGCCGCACUUCAAUUUCCACAACAACAUCACUGUAGUCGUGGUGUCCUUCAUGAAUGAAUCCGUCAAGAAGGUGUCAGAGAUGUGCUGUGAGGCGGUCAGGAAGCUACUGAAACAGGAUAAACUGGGCCAGGCUUCACUAGCCACAGUGAGAGUCAUCUCUGGACUGGUGAAGAGCAGAAAUUACAAAAUUAAACCUGCGGUGCUCGACACUCUGCUUAGCCUGAGGAUUAAAGAAGUGGAGGUGAAGAAAGAUUCAGAAGAUUUGGCUCCCAAGCAGAAAUUCAUGAACUUCAAAGAGAAGAAGAAGAAUCUGUCCAGGAUGCAGCGGAAGUGGAAGAAAGCUGAGGAGAAGCUGCAGAAAGAGCUGCUGGAGGUGGAAGCAUUGGAGAGCAAAGACAAAAAGAUCAAACUGAACACAGAAACACUGAACAUAGUGUUCCUUAUUUACUUCAGGAUAUUAAAAAAAGCCCAGAAAUCCGUCCUGCUCCCCUCCGUUUUAGAAGGUCUUGCAAAGUUUGCUCAUCUGAUUAAUCUGGAGUUCUUUGAUGAUCUUCUGAGUGUUCUCCACAGCCUGGUCAUGUCUGGAGAUCUUUCACACAAGGAGAGUCUUCACUGCAUUCUCACAGCCUUCCACAUCCUCUCCGGUCAAGGUGACGUCCUCAACAUCGAUCCUCUGAAAUUCUACACUCACCUGUAUAAAACUCUGCUGGUGCUGCAUGCAGGUGCAUCAAACACAGACAUGACCAUCGUCCUGAAGUGUCUGGACGUGAUGCUGACCAAGCGGAGGAAGCAGGUCACUCUGCACAGAGCGCUCGCCUUCCUCAAGAGACUCGCUACACUCGCUCUCCACGUGAUGCCCGACUCCUGCGUCGGUAUCCUGGCAGCAAACAGGACGCUAAUACACACUUUCCCCAAGUGUGACAUCCUGUUGGAUAACGACAUGCAGGGCAGUGGUGUGUACCUGCCUGAGCUUGAUGAGCCGGAGUACUGCAAUCCUCAAAACACCUGCCUGUGGGAGCUGCACACGCUCAAGAGACAUUACCACCCCAUGGUGAAAAAAUAUGCUUCUCAUCUGUUAGCUGGAGCACCCAGUGAGGGUUCAGGAGCUCUCAGCAUAGACCUGAGCAGAAGAGCCCCCAGCCAGCUGUUUGAAGAUUACAGUGUGAAGGAUAUGACAUUUAAUCCACCAGUCAUGGGACCACCAUCAAAAAAGAAGGAACAUUUCCCGAUCUAUAAUUUCUGUUAUCUGGAUUCGAAUCUGAAGGGACAGAUCGAUGCAGCUCUCUCUAUAGAAGAUCAGCUGGAAUCGCUGGACUUUGCUGCACAUUUUGCACAGAAGUGAUCUUUUUGGGGCUGGGAAUUUAUUUUAUAUCUGUCUGUUACUGUAAGACUGUUCAGAUUAAUGUAAAGGAAAGAGCCCCUCCCCACAUCACUCCUAUUGUAAUGUUAUCGGAGAACUGAAUACCCAGUGAUGCUGUACAGUUUAAAAGGUUUGGGAGUCUGAUUUGGUUUGCAUGCCCUCAUCCGCAGCCUUCUCAUGUUGGGAACACUGGACGUGAUGAGGGAAAUCCCAGUGCUGAAUAUUUUUAUCACAAUUGCUUACAUGUUCAAUAUAAAAAAAGGAAAAUACAUUACAAUUCUAACCAACCCUGGCCUGCCUCUAUAAAACCUGGAAAAUAAGAAAGUAGUGAGUUGUAAGAUUUACACCACAUUUUAUUCAUGUAAAUAUGCUGUAAAACAAAUGACAUUUCUACCCUUUCAAAGUAGACCAAAUAAAUUACCAGAACAGAAAUAAGAAUUACAUACACAAGUGCAAAACAAUGAAAGCAAUUAGAAGUAGUGUCAAAACUACUAUUACAGAAGGAAUCUAUUCUAAUUAAUACAUUGAAAUAACCAGUUUAGGUCCAUUAAUAAACAUAAAAAAAACACUUGGUUAAAAUUAAAUAUUAAGUACAUUACAGAUUAAUAAUACCAAAAAAAAAAACAAA